UACAACGACCACAACAACGAUUACGAGUACAGCUUCCAAUGAAUCAGACGAAGAAAACACUGAUACAAGUACUAGCGCUACUACAAACGCGGUUACUACAGAAAGUCCUGAUUCAGAGAAAAGCGUUGCAAAUAACACUUCGCCAUUUGGUAGCAAUAAAUGGUGGCUUUGGGUGGUGGCAGCAGCCCUGGCCAUUUUUACGAUGUGCUUGUGCUUCUUCUGUGUGAUCCGUUGUAGGAAACUGGAUAAGGGGAUCAAGGUGAAGCCAGAUGCUACAUACGAAAAUUUAAGUAACGAACGCCAAUUCCCGCCAAAUUUGGAAUCAAACUACGCGCGCCCAUUCGACAGGAUAGACGAAGAACCACAAUACGCAUGUACAAGCCAAGAGUCGCCUUACAGCGUGCCGUACAACGAAAAAGAUAUAAACAAGCUCUAUGCUCGACCGACCCCUAAAAACCAAAGACAAAAGCCGGCGCAAGAUUUGUAUAGCGAAGUCGUACCAAAAAGAUUGCGUAAAAACGAAGUUACAUACGCGGACAUAGAAUUUAAUUCCAAUAAAAAGAAAACAAACGUAAAAAAUGACGAACCAUUGUAUAGCGAGAUUCAAAAAGAGGACAAUUAUGCGAAUUUGAAUCCGAAACAGAAUCCUAGAUAUGACAACGUCAUAAAUGGUGGUCGAUAUGUUAAUGCUAAUACUAGUGAAUAUGCGGAACCAGCUUAUUGCGAAUUAGGUAACGUUAAACGUUAGGUCAAAGUAAUUAUAAGAUAACU